AUGGCGGACAAGUCAGAAGAGAAACCUCAAAACUCCCGACGUGUUUUUAUUAACAAUGUCGAUACAUACACAUCGAAAAAUAUUGCAAGGUUUCUAGACUUGUGUGUAGUUGGUGCAUCUCUUGUAUUUGCUGGAGAGGCUGAUGUGGAGGAGGAGGAUGACAGACUGCAUGAUGACCAAGCAGAAAUCAAAGACAGAACCUUCCAGAUUGUGGGAACAGUCUCCAGCCAAACAGAAGAGAAGUGCAGCUUUAUAGCUGAACAAUACAGUCAUCACACGAAGCGUGAAGAACUUCUCCAUCACCUUCUGAAAUGUGAUGUGAUUAUUUAUGAUGUUACUCAGCAUGCUGAUCAAAUAGAUGAAGCACAGUGGGCUGUCUCAGCUCUUCAUGAAGAAAUGGACAAGUUUUCUGCACCUAAGAUCUUCAUUCUGGUGUCAACUGUUUUGACAUGGGCUAUGACUAAACCUGCCGAUAAAGAUUAUCCGGAGACUCCUCUUACAGAUAGUUAUUACAGGAGAAGAAAAGCACACCCCAACUUCUAUAAGCAUAUCAGAUUGGAGAAACAUGUGGUCAAAUUAGGCAAAACAAAAAGCUCUCAGUUCUCUACAUAUGUUGUUGCAUCGGGGCUACAAUAUGGAAUGGAAGAGCAUGUGUUUCACUUGUUUUUUAAGAUGUCAUGGAUGGGUGAAGUUUCCCAUGUGCCCAUUUUUGGAGAUGGCUCCAAUAUUAUCCCCACCAUUCACAUCAAUGAUCUGGCAGGGAUCAUCCAAAAUGUCCUUGAUCACAAGCCAAAGGUGCAAUACUUUGUUGCAGUUGAUGACUCUAAAAACACAAUGGAGGAUAUCAUAAAGGCAAUAACACUCAUGCUCGGACCAGGAAAAACUCUGAAAGUUUCAAAAGAGGAGAUUUAUCUCAUACAGAAUCUGACGCAAACAGAAAUUGAUUCUUUGCUUGUCAACCUUCCUAUUGAAGCGCCGUAUCUGAAGGACAAAUUUAACAUCCAGUGGGUGUCAGAAGCUGGUAUGGUUGAAAACAUUGAGCAGGUCAUUGAAGAAUACAAGGAGAGCAGGGGAUUGCUGCCCAUUCGUAUGUGCAUUGUGGGACCACCUGCAGUUGGGAAGAGCACUGUAGCAGAGAAGAUUUGCAAACAUUACAAUCUUCAUCACAUCAAACUUAAGGAGGCAAUCGCUGAGGCCUUAGAAAACCUGGAGUUGUGUGUUCGUACGGAGGAUGAAGAAAAUGAUCAGGAUGACGCUCAGGAGUUUUUGGACACUCUGAAGGAAAACAUGAAUGAAAACGGAGGACGACUGGAUGACCAAUAUGUGAUUCGUAUAAUGAAGGACAAACUCAGAACUAAACCCUGUAUGAACCAGGGCUUUGUUUUGGAUGGUUUUCCGAAGACAUGCGAGCAAGCGAAGGAGUUAUUUACUGGUGAUGAAGAGCCGGAAGACUUGGAAUCUAAACAUGCGACAAAAAUCAUCCCAGAGUUUGUGUUCUCUGUUAACGCCACGGAUGAUUUCCUGAAAACCCGUGUCCUGAAUCUACCUGAAACUGUUGUAGAAGGAACUUCCUACAUGCCUGAACAGUUCCUUCAGCGUUUAGCCAGAUUCAGAGAGAGAAACUUAGAGGAUGAGACGCCGCUGAACUACUUUGAGGAUCUGGAGAUUCAUCCUGAACACUUGGAGAUUACAAGCGAUAAUGACAAUGAGUACCAGCUAAUCAUUGACAAGAUUUGUAAAAAAGUGGGCAAACCAAGGAACUAUGGGCCGAUCUUAGAGGAGGUGGAGGAAGAAAAGCGCCGUCAAGUCAAAGAGCGGCUAAAGGAACAGGCAGAACAGAGGGCUGAAGAAGAGCAGCGAGAGGAGGAAGAAGCCCAACACAGGGAUCAGCGCUGGGGAGAGUGGAGCCAACAUCUUGUUGAGGUGAAGAGACAAGAACUUGACCUGCUGGAAUCUCAGUCAGAACCGCUCAGGGACUAUCUGAUGCAGGACGUGAUGCCCACUCUCACACAGGGACUCAUUGAAUGCUGUAGAUUACGUCCUGAUGACCCCAUAGAUUUCCUGGCUGAGUACCUUCUCCAAAAUAAUCCUGAAGCAUAAUCCAGAGUGGACAUUAUUUGCAAUCCAAUGUGGACAUUAUUUAGACAUUGGGAUUUCAGCAGCAAGUAUGCAUUUUGUUGUAUUUUUUUUCAAGAAAGGUUUAUUUAAGUCUUUAAAAUCUAUAUUUUAAAAUAUAGCCUGUGAUUAUGAAUACUAUUGAUAUAGUAAUGCUACAAUGAAUGAAUGCAGUCCAAAUCUA